AUGGAUCAUGAUAAUUCAACAGUUCGACCAAGUCGCUUGCACAGUACUUCUAUACAGGAUGAUAAUAGAUCUCAAAUAAGUAGAAAGUCAAAUACUAGCCAAAUCUCCAUUGCCAAACUUCAUGAGAGCCAGAAAAAGGCUGAACUGCUAACACGAAAGGCUGCCUUAAAGGAACAGCACGAAAUUGAAGCAGAAAGGUUAAAAUUGAAAAUUAAGGAGGAAGAACUACAAAUCAAAACAGAACUAAACAUUUCGGACGCUAAAUCAAAGAUAUUAGAGGAACUUGAAAGAAGUAUUUUCGAGGACCAAAGGAUGGAAGAAGAGAUUGAGGUAACCGGGAUGAACGCACCACCAGUCCCUCCUCAAUGUCAACCACCCUUCGGGUAUACAUAUGUAACCUCACCACCCAGCAGGCAUCCUACAUCAUUUGUACCACUGCCUUUCCCUCAACAUGCAGGACAACAGAUUCCACAACAAAUUUUUCAUUACAAUAAUUUUGCCACACAAUCCGAUGGACUUAUUCACAACUCCGUAUUAAGCCAACCACCUGCCAUGGCCACAUCGAUAGCUUCGACACCAUACAGGAGACCCCCAUUACCUCCCAGGGUAGAGUUUGGAAAUCCAUCAGCGCCAGAACCAUUAGGUCAGUCUACAUUAUCGCCAGAAGCUAGACCCUUUCUACAAUCUGCACCAAAUGUAUCGUUAGCGAUAAAUCGGAAAGAACCAGUGUCCGAAUCACAGGCUAUUACCAGAUAUUUAGCCAGAAAGGACUUGAAUAUGGCUAGAUUUUCAAAGUUUGAUGAUGAUCCAGCCUCAUUCACCGCCUGGAAAAACUCCUUCAAAGGUGCUGUGAGGGAACUUCAAUGCGUGACACCAGCUGAGGAAAUUGACCUACUGAUUAAAUGGCUAGGACCUCAUUCCUCUAAACAAGUUCUAAGUUUGAGGACGUCUAAUUCGCACAACCCUGACAUAGGACUAACAAGAAUAUGGGCCAGACUAGAGGAGCGAUAUGGAGCACCGGAACUAAUUGAGAACUCACUUAAAGUCAAAAUCACAGACUUUCAGAGAAUCGUCGUGAAAGAUUACAGCAGAUUGUAUGACCUGCUGGAUAUUUUAUCCGAGAUCCAGUCUCUCAGGGAGGACCUCAGGUACGCUUCUCUGCUCUCCUACUUUGACUCUUCCACUGGAGUAAACCCAGUAGUAUCUAAGCUGCCGGGACACCUACAGACAAAAUGGACAGAGAGAGCGACGAGAUAUAAGAUUACUCACAAAGUCUCGUACCCACCACUCAGCCAUUUUGUCUCAUUUAUAUCUGACAUGGCAACGAUGCUCAACGACCCCAGUUUUAAAUACGAGAGUCAAGACACAAAACCACCUAAACCCAAUGUUCAAAUAAGGAAGACAACAUUACAGGUACCUCCAUCCUCAAGUCAGGAACACAAGGGAUGCCCCAUCCACAAAUAUGCUAGUCACAAACUAAGUGAAUGCAAACUGUUCAAGCAGAGGAGCCUGGAUGAACGCAAGAAUAUUCUUCGCGACAACAGAAUGUGCUUUAAAUGUUGCGAGGACUCUCACAUAGCGAGAGAAUGUAAGGCUAACAUCAAGUGUGAAGAAUGUGGGUCACCUCAUCAUCCUACUUGUAUGCACUUUAACUCAAACAGCAACGGAAUGAGGAAAGAUAAGAUGAAAGGACAGAAAGCCACGAACACCAAAAACACACCUGCUGACGAGAAUGCACAACCCGGAACUCAUCACGACAGGGAGAGCAUUACCGCUAAGUGUACAUCGGUGUGUGGAGAUUUCACAGGGAGGUCAUGUGCCAAGAUAAUUCUGGUGAAGGUGUACCCUAAUAAUCACCCAGAGAAGUCGGUCAACGUGUAUGCCAUCUUAGAUGAUCAGAGUAAUCACAGCCUAGCGUCGCCGGACCUCCUCGAUGCCAUGAAUGUUGUUGGGGAGGAGGUGAAGUACACUUUGUCAUCUUGUUCUGGCAGUUUCGGGAUGAGUGGGCGAAAAGCGUUUGGUUACACGGUGGAAUCUAUGAACAAUACAUACCGAAGGCAGUUGCCAGCACUCUUAGAAUGUACAGACAUACCAGAAGACCGAUCGGAAAUCGCUACACCAGAAGUUAUACAGCAUUUGGACCACCUGAAGGAUGUACCUAUAUUGCCGUACAGGGCCGACUGUAGCAUUGGACUUUUAUUGGGAAGGGACAUUCCAGAUGUCCAUCAAGUUUACAGACAGAUUACCGGUCCAAAGAACUCCCCCUUCGCUCAGAAACUAGGGUUGGGAUGGGUUGUUAUUGGAGACGUCUGCCUCGGUAACAUUCACAAACCUUCAAUGACCGAAGUUCAUGCGCGAAAAACGAGCGUACUUAAGGAUGGCCGAGGGACUAUAUUUGAACCAUGCAAAAAUCAGCUGAUGGUAAAAGAAGACAUUAUGUUAAACAACAAUGACCUUCUCUUCCAAAGGACAAAAAACGAUGACAAGGUCGGAACUUCCGUGGAAGAUCGACAGUUCGUGGGUAUAAUGGAGAAGGAAAUGUUCAGAAAUGGAGAUGGUAAUUGGAUCGCACCUCUACCAUUUCGUCUACCACGCGACCGGAUGCCCAAUAAUCGUAGAAUGGCUUUCAAACGUGCUAUGAUACUAGACAAUUCACUCAAAAGAAAUCCUACCAAGACAGAACAUUUUGUCACAUUCAUGGACAAAGUCUUGAGCUCCGGUGCGGCUGAGGUAGCCCCAACCCCUUCAGACGAAGUCUGGUACCUGCCCAUAUUUGGUGUGUACCAUCCUCAAAAACCAGAUCAAAUUAGAGGGGUGUUCGAUUCAUCAGCAACUUACAACGGCAUAUCCCUGAAUCAGGUCCUACUUUCAGGUCCUAACCUGACCAACGAACUGUUAGGUAUACUUCUGAGAUUCCGAAAGGACCGAGUUGCCUUCGCAGCGGAUAUAGAGCAAAUGUUUUACUCAUUUUUGGUCAGGGAAGACCAUCGUGACUACCUCCGAUUUUUCUGGUACAGAAACAACAAUCCUAACCUUGAACUUAUUGAGUAUCGCAUGCGGGCUCAUGUGUUUGGGAAUAGUCCCUCCCCCGCUGUUGCCAACUACGGGCUUAAAAAAAGUGUGGAUAGCCAGGACGUUGACCCCACCGUAAAAGAUUUAGUAGAGCGGAACUUUUAUGUUGACGAUGCUCUCGCGUCGCUACCAGAAGAAGAUGAGGUCAUAAGUCUCAUAGAAAAAACACAGAUGGCUCUUAAGAAGGGAGGUAACCUUAGACUGCACAAGAUUGUCUCAAACAAUCCUAAGGUUAUUAGCGCCUUCCCGGUUGAAGAUCUGGGUAAAGAGGUCAAAUCAUUAAGACUGGAGCAAGACCCAUUACCAACACACAGGAGUCUGGGCCUUGAAUGGGAUAUGGCCUCCGAUGAGUUCAAGUUUGACAUUGAAGUGAAGACUAGCAACACACCACUAACAAGGCGCAGCAUGUUGUCAGAGUUGAAUAGCAUAUAUGACCCACUUGGGUUUGUGGCCCCAGUCACUAUUCAGGGGAAGAUACUCAUGAGGGAAAUUACUACAGGCUAUAACUGGGAUGAACCGAUUGAACAAGAUCUGGAGAAAAAAUGGAAAGUCUUCAAGGAAACAGUCAGAACACUUAAAGACUUCAAGGUCCCACGCAUGAUAGUACCUUUGUCACUCAGCACGGCAGGGAAUGCGGAGCUACAUGUUUUCUCAGACGCAUCGGAGAAGGCUGUCAGUGCCGUAGCUUACCUCAAGGUCUGUCGAGAGGAGAUACAGUACACUGGAUUUGUUAUGGGGAAGACUAAACUAGCCCCCUCCCAUGGUCAUUCCAUACCUCGAUUGGAACUGUGCGGGGCCUUAUUAGCAACAGAACUUGCCCAAAUUGUCAUUGACAACUUAGAUGUUGACCUUGAUACUGUCCAAUACUACACAGACAGCAAAGUUGUGUUGGGCUACAUUAAUAACAAAACCAGGAGGUUCUACAAUUACGUGAGCAACAGGGUAGAACGUAUACUGAGGCAUUCGAGUCCCAGUCAAUGGAACUACAUUUCCACCAAAGACAAUCCAGCAGAUUGUGGCACCAGGGGUGUUUCUUCAUCUAAUGAACUAGAUAAGUGGCUCCAGACACCAGAGAAUCUACGAAAACACUCUCAGAACUUAGCAGCUACGGAACACUUUCCGCUUAUAUGUCCUGAAGAUGACAAGGAACUCAGGGUUGAGACCAGGAAAACGGGAAUCAAGGAGGAAUUCCUUGACAAUCUCCUCCAAGGUUUUUCUUACUGGCGGCGACUUGUGAACGUAAUCGUACGCAUCAAGGGAUACAUCAGAAAAUUCAAAAGUCGGUACAAGAACACGCAUUCAUUGGAGACAAACGGACGUGAGGAUCGCAAUGCAGCUGAACAUCUCCUUCUCCGUAUGCACCAGAGCGAUCAAUUCCCAAUGGAAAUAGAGUCCUUGAAGGAGAGUAAACCCAUAGCUUCUGCAUCAACCAUCAUUAGGCUCGCGCCGUUCCUCGACUCUGAUGGAAUCAUGCGGGUUGGAGGUCGCUUAGGUCAAAGUUGUCUCCCACUGGAGGAAGCCCACCCAAUCAUAGUGUCCAACAAGUCAUCUAUUGCAAAACUGCUAGUGAGACACUUUCACGACAAAGUUAAACAUCAAGGACGAAUACUCACAGAAGGAUCCAUUCGUAGUCAUGGAUUUUGGAUCAUUGGCGCGAAACGGUUGAUUUCGAAAGUCCUGCAUGAUUGUGUACCAUGCAAAAAACUGCGAGGAAGUGUACAACUCCAAAAAAUGGCGGACUUACCGCCAGACAGACUAAUUCCAGCUCCUCCAUUUACUAAUGUAGGAGUUGAUGCCUUUGGACCCUGGAACAUUAUAACAAGAAAAACCAGAGGUGGUUCCGCGAACUCCAAACGUUGGGCAAUUCUAUUCACAUGUCUCGGAACACGAGCUGUACACAUAGAAGUUGUGGAAGAAAUGAGCACAAGCUCAUUCAUCAAUGCAUUGCGUCGCCUGAUUGCCAUCAGGGGGAAUGUGAAGGAACUUCGUUCCGACAGAGGCACAAACUUUGUGGGAGCUGCAAAUGUGUUCAAAGACAUGAACACAGUUGAGGUUGUGAAUGUCGAAGACGAACCAAUUAAGAGAUACCUAAAGGACGCAGAUCUUGUUUGGAAAUUCAACUCCCCCCAUUCAUCUCAUAUGGGAGGGGUAUGGGAGAGAUUGAUCGGCAUGGCGAGGAAAAUCUUGGACGCGAUGUUCAUGGAACUAUCAUCCCGAAGCCUUACCCAUGAGGUACUUGUGACCUUGAUGGCGGAGGUGAGUGCGAUCAUGAAUUCGAGGCCAGUUGCACAGAUCUCUACAGAUCCUGAAGUACCAGUCAUAUUGAGUCCAACCACACUCCUCACUCAGAAGACAUCUUCUGAAGCGUUGUUUAAUUCCACUGACCUUGACAUCAAGGAUUUAUAUAGAGAACAGUGGAAGAGGGUCAAGGUCUUAUCGGAGAUGUUCUGGAGACGAUGGAGAGAAGGAUAUCUUCAGACUCUACAAACACGCAGAAAGUGGAAUCGAGAGACUAGAGACAUGAAAGAAGGAGAUGUAGUUCUUCUUAAGGACAAAAACCAACCAAGGAUGGAAUGGCCUGUCGGUAUCGUGGUAAAUGCCAUUCAGAGUGAUAGUGAUGGAAAGGUUCGUAAAGCAGAGGUCCGGACCAGGAAGGAUGGGUCAGAUGUCCAUUAUGUUCGUCCAGUCACUGAAAUGGUCAUGCUUGUUGAGAACUAA